UAAUUCAAAGAAAACUGAGAGUCCGUGGCUCAGAUGGGACCAAGUGGGGCAUUGGAGGAGGACUUUUUGUGCAAAUACAGGAAAAUGGAUGGAUCUGUGCUGUAAAAUCGGUUAGCAGAUGAGAGGUGGAGCCAAGCAAAUUAAGGAACUCAACGGCCCCUAAGUUGAAAAUUUAGGCAUUUCAUUAAGUUCUAAAGAGUGUCCCAACCAACUAAAACAGUCAAACAAGAGGAGUCUCAACUGCAUGCAUUAAUGCUGUUCCCCUGCCUGCACUUCUCUCGCUAUAAAUACUAACAAUAAUCUCUACAAUGCAUUAUUGUGCAUUCAAAAAGUGAGCUAUACUCCUAACUUAAAAGAGUAUGGCCAAACUCACUUACAAGGUUGGAGCCUUGGCUCUUGUUCUGGCAUUUCUGAUUGUGGGAUUUGCUGAAAGCCGGAAGUUGGAGAAGGAGACGCUUGGUGGUGGUCUUGGCGGUGGUGCUGGUGGUGGGUUUGGAGGUGGAGCUGGAGCUGGAGGUGGCCUUGGUGGUGGUUUUGGAGGUGGGCAUGGCGGUGGAUUAGGAGGUGGAGGUGGAUUAGGAGGCGGCGGUGGAUUAGGAGGCGGAGCUGGAGGUGGAUUCGGAGGUGGCCAUGGCGGCGGAAUUGGAGGGGGAGGUGGAUUAGGAGGUGGAGGUGGAUUAGGAGGCGGAGCUGGAGGUGGAUUUGGAGGUGGUAAAGGAGGUGGAUUUGGAGGUGGAGCUGGUGGCGGAGCAGGCGGUGGUUUUGGAGGCGGAGCUGGUGGGGGAGCGGGAGGUGGUUUCGGAGGUGGUAAAGGAGGUGGAUUUGGAGGCGGAGCGGGAGGUGGAGCAGGAGGCGGAGCAGGAGGUGGGUUUGGAGGCGGAGCAGGAGGUGGAGCAGGAGGCGGUUUCGGAGGUGGCCAUGGAGGGGGAGCGGGAGGUGGAUUUGGAGGCGGAGCUGGUGGAGGAGCGGGAGGGGGGUUUGGAGGCGGAGCUGGCGGGGGAGCAGGAGGUGGUUUCGGAGGAGGCCAUGGGGGCGGAGUAGGAGGAGGUUUUGGAGGUGGUAAAGGAGGUGGAUUUGGAGGCGGAGCUGGUGGAGGAGCGGGAGGGGGGUUUGGAGGCGGAGCUGGCGGGGGAGCAGGAGGUGGUUUCGGAGGAGGCCAUGGGGGCGGAGUAGGAGGAGGUUUUGGAGGUGGUAAAGGAGGUGGAUUUGGAGGCGGAGCUGGUGGAGGAGCGGGAGGGGGGUUUGGAGGCGGAGCUGGCGGGGGAGCAGGAGGUGGUUUCGGAGGAGGCCAUGGGGGCGGAGUAGGAGGAGGUUUUGGAGGUGGUAAAGGAGGUGGAUUUGGAGGCGGAGCUGGUGGAGGAGCGGGAGGGGGGUUUGGAGGCGGAGCUGGCGGGGGAGCAGGAGGUGGUUUCGGAGGAGGCCAUGGGGGCGGAGUAGGAGGAGGUUUUGGAGGUGGUAAAGGAGGUGGAUUUGGAGGCGGAGCUGGUGGAGGAGCGGGAGGGGGGUUUGGAGGCGGAGCUGGCGGGGGAGCAGGAGGUGGUUUCGGAGGAGGCCAUGGGGGCGGAGUAGGAGGAGGUUUUGGAGGUGGUAAAGGAGGUGGAUUUGGAGGCGGAGCUGGUGGAGGAGCGGGAGGGGGGUUUGGAGGCGGAGCUGGCGGGGGAGCAGGAGGUGGUUUCGGAGGAGGCCAUGGGGGCGGAGUAGGAGGAGGUUUUGGAGGUGGUAAAGGAGGUGGAUUUGGAGGCGGAGCUGGUGGAGGAGCGGGAGGGGGGUUUGGAGGCGGAGCUGGCGGGGGAGCAGGAGGUGGUUUCGGAGGAGGCCAUGGGGGCGGAGUAGGAGGAGGUUUUGGAGGUGGUAAAGGAGGUGGAUUUGGAGGCGGAGCUGGUGGAGGAGCGGGAGGGGGGUUUGGAGGCGGAGCUGGCGGGGGAGCAGGAGGUGGUUUCGGAGGAGGCCAUGGGGGCGGAGUAGGAGGAGGUUUUGGAGGUGGUAAAGGAGGUGGAUUUGGAGGCGGAGCUGGUGGAGGAGCGGGAGGGGGGUUUGGAGGCGGAGCUGGCGGGGGAGCAGGAGGUGGUUUCGGAGGAGGCCAUGGGGGCGGAGUAGGAGGAGGUUUUGGAGGUGGUAAAGGAGGUGGAUUUGGAGGCGGAGCUGGUGGAGGAGCGGGAGGGGGGUUUGGAGGCGGAGCUGGCGGGGGAGCAGGAGGUGGUUUCGGAGGAGGCCAUGGGGGCGGAGUAGGAGGAGGUUUUGGAGGUGGUAAAGGAGGUGGAUUUGGAGGCGGAGCUGGUGGAGGAGCGGGAGGGGGGUUUGGAGGCGGAGCUGGCGGGGGAGCAGGAGGUGGUUUCGGAGGAGGCCAUGGGGGCGGAGUAGGAGGAGGUUUUGGAGGUGGUAAAGGAGGUGGAUUUGGAGGCGGAGCUGGUGGAGGAGCGGGAGGGGGGUUUGGAGGCGGAGCUGGCGGGGGAGCAGGAGGUGGUUUCGGAGGAGGCCAUGGGGGCGGAGUAGGAGGAGGUUUUGGAGGUGGUAAAGGAGGUGGAUUUGGAGGCGGAGCAGGUGGAGGAGGAGGCUUUGGUGGCGGUUCAGGUGGAGGAUUCGGUGGCAGAGUCUAAAAUCAGACCACAUCAAAUAUGAUGCUAAAAAAGGGAGUAGAUAUAGAUACUCCCAAAGUCCUGGAAAUUUUCCCAAUAUAUUUACAAAGCUAAUAUGCAUGCAGCCACCAGAAAAUGCUCAUGCAAAGACCACUACCUAUUUGUACUUCCAAUUCUACGUAAUAAGAUAAACAGAAAAAGAUUUAAAAAAAAAAAA